ACGACGGCGGCGAUGACGACGAUGAUGGCCGCCGCGAUGGCGGCCCCUUCUCCGUGCGCGUCUCAGCAGCGAGCCCCGCGCGGCGCGGGCGCGCGGCGCCUCCCGUGAGGAGGAGGGUGGUGAGGGUGGUGGUGGUGGUGGAGCUCGUGCGGCUGUGCGUGCGUGAGUGGGAGGCGGUGGUUGUUGUUGUGAGACUGGAGAGAGAGCGAGCGAGGGAGGCGAUGCUGUCGCGCAAGAAAAGUCGACACGAGGCGAGCAAACCCAGCGAGGUGCAGGGCCGGUACCUGAAGCGGGAGGCGGCGCCUUUCCUCAGGAACCUCAUGCCCUCGUUCAUCCGGCACGGCCCCACCAUUCCGCGGCGUGCCGAGGCGGGCGCGGCACCGUCCGGUUACGGCGCCCAGGACGGCGCCGGCAACGCCGUCGUCUCGUCGUCCGCGGGCGGCGGUGGCGCCGGCGUCUCGCGGAACACCAGCUUCCUGAGGGGGGGCCAAGCCGCGGAGAGCGGCUGGCGGGAGCACCGGCGGACGCCCCCCCACGGCGCCUACAGCUAUGGAGCGGCGGCGGUGGCGCCGCGGGAGUACGACUACGUCGCCGCCGACCAGCAGGGAGAGAACGGCUCCGACGGUGCCCACUACCUCUACCCCGCCGACCCCUACUACGCCGACGAGGGCCCGCAGAAGCAGCCGGCGCCGCAGACGCACCGGCGCGUGCCGCCCGACCCCUACCAGGACGACUACCGCGGCGGCGCCUACAGCGAGGCCUACCAGCCGGCGGAGCAGUACGGCGCCUCCGCCGGCGCCGUGGGGCCGGCGGGCGACCCGUACGGCGUGCAGGCGCGGUGGGGGCCCGGUGCCGCGCAGCGCAGGCCGCAGCAAGGGCAACCUCGCUCGGUCGUGAGCACCCAGUCGGUGAGAAGCCUCGCGGCGGCCUCUGCUUCCCAGCAGCAGCAACAGCAGCAGCUGCCGCCGCCUGGCUCGGCCGGUCCGCCAGGUCCCGACGAUCUCCCGCUGCCGCCGGGUUGGACGGUGGACUGGACGAUCCGCGGGCGCAGGUACUACAUUGACCACAACACGAACACCACUCACUGGAGCCACCCGCUGGAGAGGGAGGGCCUGCCCCCGGGCUGGGAGCGCGUCGAGUCGCCCGAGUUCGGCCUCUACUACGUGGACCACGUCAACCGCAAGGCGCAGUACCGCCACCCUUGUGCACCUAGCAUCCUGCGCUACGACCAGCCUCCGCCCAUGCGCGCGUUGCCCCCGAUGCUCUACAACGCCCAGCCGCCGGUGCGGAGCCAGCCGGUGCUGGUGCCGGCCAACCCCUACCACAGCGCCGAGAUCCCCGAGUGGCUGCUGGUGUACGCGCACGCCCCGCACGAGUACGACCACAAGCUCAAGUGGGAGCUCUUCCAGGUGUCGGAGCUGGACACGUACCAGAGCAUGCUCAUGCUGCUCUACAUGAAGGAGCUGGAGCAGGUGGUGCGCUCCUACGAGGACUACCGCCGCGCGCUGCUCUCCGAGAUGGAGGCGCGGCAGCAUCAGCAGCAGCAUCAUCAUCAGCAGCGACAUCAGCAGCAGCAGCAGCAGCACUGGUAUGGCGGCCGGGCCCACGCACCGUCGUCAUACCAGCAGGGCUACGGGACCAAGGUGUGAGUCGUCGUCAUGGUGAUGGUGGCGGUGCUCGUGGCCGGACGUCGUGGAGAAGACAGAGCCGCGGCCAACGUGGAGGGGGGGUUGACGACUGCGUGUCAAGUCUCCACCUUUGUUUUGUUUGACCAGGUGCGAGGAGAGGCGCCUUGAAGUGACGGCGCUCGACGCGUAUAAAAUUUAAGGAGUCUCUUUCGCAAGAGUGGCCCCUGUGGCAUCAUUGUGGGUCUGUCAGCAGGGGGCGCCGAUUGCUAUUUUAUCGUUCCGAUGGAGUCCUAGAUCUCUCGCGAUGCUGUCACGCUGGUGUAACGGUUAGCGCGCUCGACUUGCGAUCCAGGGGUCACCAAAUUCCAUUCCAUCUCCCGGCGCGGCAGUUAACGCCACCCAGAAGCAAAGAUGGGUUCACCACGGUUAGUCGACGGGCGGCCGUUGUGGUGGGGUAAAGUGUGAGUACACAGACCUCUCCUCACGUGUCUGGGGCUCCCUCCGGUGGAGGACAAUCCCAUCCCUGCCAGCAGUAGCACGAGAAAUAAAAUUGUAGGGCUGCACCUUUACCUCGUCGUAGAUCUCGCUCCGUGAAGGGGCACGCUCUCGCACGCCUGCUCACCCUCUGGCUCUCACACCCCCUCGCGGUGGGCUUGGGAAAACAGGAGCGCCGGUUUACUCCCGAUAAUCCGUGAGCGGAUUACCGUGGGCUGCGGAUUUAGCCCACCUUGCCAAAAAGUGAAUAGCAAUCUUGACGCGCACGCCCUGGCUUCAUUGCGAGCAGCACCUCGCUCGUCGGGUGGAGAGGGCUGGAGGGCGAGGGGGGGGGGGGAAACUUCACUCUUGGCGCCCUCGUGACGGCAAACCCCAAACUCUGCUGGGUAAACACCUCCUGCACUCUGCGUAGCCAAACGGCGAAUCCGUUAUCCAGGCCACCUUCCCCUCACUUCCAGGCCUUGGGAGAAGUCGAGAGUCGAGCGUAAUCGAGCGGGGCACGGCAGCGCACGCCUGCGGACCGAGCGCAGUCGCCGGCAGGGCACGCGGUUCAUCCCAAACCCACGUGGGCUGUGAGGGUUGGCCUCGUAGAUGGCCGUGCAGCAAGUGGGAUUGUGAACCCGUCUGUGCGGACGGUUUGGGUUCUCUCCAGCUCGCCUGGCUUCCCGUCACACACGACGCAGAGCGACUCUGUCGCUAUUAUAAAUGGGGAAAAAGGGACCGCUGGUGUCGGCCUCUACGUUACAGAACGGCGGCGGCGGCGGCGGCGGUGUUUUUGACGGCGGCGGUUAUUCUUGGGCGCGGUUGCCGCGUGGUUCAUUCUUCUCCACGCCCGCGAGCGCGCUCGGCACCUCGACGGCGCGGCAACGGCUGCCGGAGGACAACGCCACGGAGAACCCCCCUUCCCCGCACCACGUCCAUCGGAAUCCCCCUCUCGGAAGGAACUUUUCACCCGCACCGCUCUGUAAAGAAUUCACGGUCGGCCCUGCCCCCCCCCAUUUGUUUUUGUGCGAGUUUCAGCCUCCGCAACCGAACUAGGCCGUAUUUAUUAUCAUCAUUAUUCAAUAUCGUUCGUACUCAACUGGUUUUCCCUUGCAGCCGUCGGCGAUCCUGCCGCGCAAAAGACCCGUCGGGAAUCGCUACGCGGGGCAAAUGGGCGGGGCCCCCCCCCCGUCCCGUUCAACCACGAGGCGGCUGAGACGCGGCCGCGAGGGACGCGUGCGGCCCGUUAGGAACCCGUGCGGCCGCCGAUCUCGUUCCGAUUUACUUUGAUUGCGGCUAAUGCCGGGCGUCUGCAGGGCUCGCGUGCUUACGCGCGCACGCACGUCUACGCGCGCGUGUGGCGCGCCUGACAACGGAUGCAAAAACAAAGUUACGCGGGGACUUGCGAACACCCCGUUCGCCAAAUUCACUCUCGCCGCCAGCAGCGCUGCACCGUCACCUGUGGCCGGUGAAACCGUGCCGAGGCCUCGGGGCUCUUGCGUCGGUGGAGACCUCCUAGUGGCGGCGAGGGCACGGGGCCUUGCCGUGCCACAGAAAGCGAUCGAGAGAGACGGGGGACACGCGGAGAGAGAACUUUUAGCGCAAAGACUGCGGCUUUCCCCGCCCCCCACCCUCCAUCUGCUGUCGCGUUUGCGAGUGGCCCGGCGUAACGAUACAAUAUGCAAGACGGAGGCAGGGUUGUUGUUGGCACUUUAAAAAAAUAAUAACAAUAAACGCCCUUCCCGUUUGCGUUGCGACUGUUAUAUGCAAAGCAGGUAAACGGAAUACGCGGCUGGAGGUGUAAACUGUCGGUGUAAAUAUGAGGGGUAUUUGCGCUAAAUACAACAAGAGCAAGGGAAAGGUUCGCCUCGGGGUGGUUCCGGGAGUUCACGCAGCGCAGAAACCGCCCCUGCCGAGCGGUGUUUGGGAAUGGCAGUGCCAUUGCACACGUGUACAGGGGUGCGGUCCUGCUCAUCUUGCGCUAGCGCGCGCGUGUGUGUGUGUGUAUAUAUAUUUGCUUAAGGAUGCUACAGUGGCGGUGUAAUGGAUAGCGCACUGGACUUGAAAUCUACAGGCCACCAGUUUGAUCUUCCGGCGCGGCCGUUGAAACGACGUGGUGGGGGGUGGGGCAAGUUUCCCCACAUGUGCCGCUGGACGGGAGGUGAUGGACGGGCGAGGCUCGGCGACGUCGAUCGGCACGAACAGCUGCGUCACGGAACGUGGCCGCUAUUUUUAAAGGGGUGGGGCCCAGUUAUCGACCACAAUGAAAAGGAAACGACGACUGCCUUUCGAUUAAUCCAUCAGCUCAAUUGUCUCAGUCCUUGUGCAUCUUUGAAAAUGGUUGCUGGGGAGCCGCAGCGUCCCGAUCUGUCUCGCGUCGCUCUCGCGGAGAGGCUGCCGUGGGCUGCCGACAGUCUCGCCGACGUCAUCGAAGGUGGCUGUGGCCCCACUGGCAAAGGCCGGAGCCUCUCGCGCGCUCAUUCGGAUGUCCCAAGAGGUUCCGCGGUGUUCAUCAUUGCUGCUGCUCGCAAUCCCGAACAUCCAAGUGCCACGAAUGAACAAGUUCCAAAUUGGUCAAAGCGGAAGAGGACGUUUCGCUUGCCCACUUCUACGACCUAUUUUCCACCACCGUACAACCAAACCGAGCCGUGCCCAGCCAGCCUGACGUGGCCCAGGUGGCACCAGGUGGUUUUCCACUGCGGGAGGCGACCCGUGCUGCUCGGGUAGCGCACAGUGAACGCGGCGUAAGCCCCCGCCGCGUGGCCCCGAGCCAAAUUCAGGUGGCAUGCGAGGGAAGCCUUUCACGGUUUGGUUCUGGCUCGGAUCGGCAUAUAGUCGGUGGAAAAACCACCUGUACCGUAAUGUGUGUACGUUGAACUUCUUUCGCAUCGUACGUAGCCAACCAUGCUAAUCGGAGGUGCGGAGCAAGGACAACAGAAUAAACGCAAAACGUAGUUCUGAAGAAAUUAGUUUUCAAUUUAGAUUUAAAAGUGUAUAGCUCCAGUGGCUUCCUAACAUCGGAAGGGAGAGCGUUCCAGACGGUCGCAGAAGCUCAUUUGAGAGCGCGCGAUGCGGUGACCGUCUUUGUUCGAUGGCCAGCCAAAAGCCGCUGGCAAAGGGCCUCCAUUCUAGCUUUGCUCGAGUGUGCGAGUGGGGAAUCGGAUUCAAACAGUUUCUCAGGGGUGCCGGAUCGGCAUCUCUGACACGGCCAUUAUGAACAUUCAGAAAUGUAAAAUUAAAUUUAAGAAAUAUAUAUUGGCUUUAUAUAUGUAUAUAGCAUUACUAUAAAUUAUUUAGAAUAAACUUGCCGGCUGGAAGUUAUACUGAUGACGUGAAUAUAAUAAUGAACAGACUAUUAAGACGAUAAUCCUUUCUAUGCAUAUCGUAGAAAUGUGCAGCAGGAGCUUUGCAUACAAGAUAUUUUUAGGUUAGUGAGUGACCUGUUCAGCACCUCGCUGUCAAACACUUUUCGCUGAAUUCCAACAUCAACACGCGACGUUACUCUCACCUCGGUGUUCAAGUCCGUUAAUGAAGAAGCCUUGCAGCCAGGUUGCGCGACAAUGUAAUCGACACAUUGGCGCGUCUCAACAAAACCUGUGUAAACAAAACCUGUGUAAACAAUACCUGUGUAAACAUCGCACAGUCUCGUCGGGUGGUGGAGAGGAGGGCCAUUCACAGGAAAUGUGGCAUGAACCACCACCACCAUGGCCUCAUCCAAAAAUCGAAUCUGGAUCCUCGUUUCGGCUACAAAAGCCUCCGUGUUGAGUUGUAAACCGUCUUUCAUCGCUUUAGCGCCGUACUCGGCCGCCCCUGUCACAGCCAAGGGCCUCUUCGAGUAGCCGAGGUGCGUGGUGGUGGGGAGCGGUGGCGCAGCGGUGAGCGCGCCGCGCUACGAAACUGCCCACCCGAGUUCGAUUUCCGCUCACGGCCACCAACGUCAAUGACGGUUAUUUGAACCGGUCAUGG